CGACAAUGUUCAAUCUCCAUUACACUGACAAAUUACAUGGAAACCCCAAGCAUAAGAUCCCACUCGAGCUUCAUCCUUCAUUCUGUGACCUCAUUUCUAGCCUGCAGCCCAGUAAUUUCCCUCUCAUUCAAAUUAUACAUGACUUCGAUCACACCCUCAUGCCCAUCUUCACUCCUAGUGUCUGCAUAUAGUGACAAAGUGUUGAAAUUCCUCCAGUUCGUUUACUUUGGCUUAUAAGAAGCUUUUCAAUAAAAUCCAGAGAAUUUUUAGAGAAUAUAACAACAGGAAGUAAAAUGAAGAAGUGAGACGGCUGUAAAAGCAAGUAGGGAGGCACGAGACCCUAAAGAAGUGAAACACCCGUCAGGUUAACGUGUAAAAACCUGCAAAGAUGUCACUGUCAAAUGGAAGGCAGUGACCAUGCCAAUUAAGUCUGGAGUAAUCCACGCAUAGCACUUCUAUUCUCUCUAGGUAUAUCAUCGAGGAGAUUGGGCUAGUCCCACCACAUGGCUGUUUUUUGAACAAAUGAUCAAGUUUGAAUUGUAAUCACAAGAGAAUAUACAAUAUAUAUAGACAAGCGAGAACCUUGCAGGAUGACCAAAUAAGCAGUCAUAUUAAGUCAACAGUGGUCUAGAA